AGCCAAAAGCAGCGGUUAAAAUUUUCCUUUUCUACUUUCCUCUCUUAAAGAAACAAAAUGCACAGUACAGUGUCCGAAGAGAAGAUGGAGUUGGUUAUGGAUGCCGAGCUUUCCUUCAAGCUUCUUCUCUCCUGCCCGUUCGGUCUCUCUCCAUCGCAGGUAUCCGUGGAAUUUGACGAAUCGUAUGAUAGGAUUCCUCAUCCGGAUGUUAAUUUGGAAAAUUCUAUUGCCGAGAUAUGGGAUCAGAGAUUACGGGGAAAUUCAUCAUUGUACAAUGGCAAAAAGUUCAGGUAUGGAGGAUAUGUUCUACAUGGUGAUGGUGAUAGAUCUGAGAAAGAGUCUUAUGUAUGCCUCCACCUUGGUUUAACCGAUUAUAGGACCUUUGUAGGUACAAAUUUAAAUCCUUUGUGGGAUAAGUUCCUGGUUCCUUCAGAAGAUGACACUAUAAGGUGUCAACACACCUCAAAUCCACUGGGUAAUGGUGCUGUUGUGGAGACAGCUGAUGGCAAAAUAGUUGUUCUACAAAGAAGUGAUAAAGUAGGAGAAUUUCCUGGACAUUUUGUUUUCCCAGGGGGCCAUCCAGAGCCUGAAGAAGUUGGUCUAGCAAAUCAUGAGCACAGCAAGGACUUGACAGAUUCUGAGCAUGUCAAUAAGAAGGUUUCUCAAGAGAUGUUUGACAGUAUCAUUCGUGAAGUAGUUGAAGAAAUUGGAGUCCCCAAAAAAUCACUUUGCAAUCCACUUUUCCUCGGUAUAUCUCGUAGGGUGUUGAAUGUGAGACCUGCGGCUUUUUUCUUUAUCAAAUGCAGUCUCAAGUCAGAAGAAAUUCAACAAUUAUAUUGUAGUGCACAAGACAGCUAUGAAUCAACACAACUUUAUACAGUAUCAAUGAUUGAGUUGGAAGACAUGACAUUGAACAUGCCUGGAUGUCAUCAAGGUGGAUUUGCUCUGUAUAAACUAAUGGUAGAAGCUUCAAAAAAUAACUGAAAGGAGAUCAUGAGUGCUGAUGACUUGAAGUUUCAGAAAUAUUAUUAUGGCUACCAGUCUCUUUAAUUGGUACCUAUUCUGCUGCUGACGGAAAAAAACAGAAUUGAAGGCAUUGUUUUUUUUUCUUAGAUGUCUGCAAAUAAAAGGCAUGAUUAUGCAAUGUAUUUAUUAAUCUUUGCUACCUGAUGUCAUAAGCGCGUCCAAUAAAUGUUCUUGUUUAUUAAUCAAGAUAAUUUUAAAUUUUUAAGUGAUUGGCAUGAUAUUCAGCA